AUGCGUGCCAUGUUCUCUCCCAGCCUUAAGCGGCUGGCGCACAAAGAUUUCGAUGCCUGGGGCUACCACAUUCAAUGGCCACAAAAUCAGAUCCUAUCUCCACUCACAGGAAAGGUCGACUUUGUUGUUGAGGACAUCAAGUUCGCCUACAAUGCAUGGUGCCUUUUGAGACUCGCCAUGUUCUUUGGUGUAAAGCAUCCUAAAGUGUUGAGUGACAUGACCAAGACAACGCCGUCGAUGGACAUCAUGCUCUCUGGCAAUCGUCUGUUCUUUAUGCACUCCCAUGUCAAGGCUAAUCUGAGCCGCUCAAAAGUGCGCAUCGCUCUCACCCCUAACCAUCCCCGUGCUUUCCCGGUACAAGAGCUCACCUGGAACACACACUGUCGUUUCCAUGAUCACCAGUCAGCGGGCGUGGAGCUGGUACUGGGAAUGGAAAACGGACUGUCGCAGGAGGUCGCCGACGCCUGUGACCUCUGCACCUACAUUCCCCAGUACGGCUCUGUCGGCUCGCUAUCCAUGCUUUCUGCGCUCGGCAUCGCGGCACACUCAACUUGGUGUGCUGCUAUGCGGGAAAACGGCCACACCUCUCAUACUAGCCUCCCCCUUCACCGCGCUUCUCAUGGUCACAUGCCGCUAUCAAACAGUCCGGAACGAGUGCGAGACACGCUUCCACACGAGAUGGACUUACUGGCAUGCAGCAACGAGGCCGUCAAAGCCUUACUCGAGGAGAGGCGGCGGUCUUACGAUCUUCAGGUGAGCGUUCUCAUAUACAACGAGCUUGGAGACCGCAACAUCGGUGCAGUUAUCAGGAACGCGAACGCCUUCAACUGCGAGUACGUGGCUAUCGUGAAUCGAAGGCGGUUCAACAGACGCGGUGCACUCGGCACACACAAGGUUAUGAAUGUCCCUUUCUUUGAGACCGUUAACGACAAAGCGGCACGCCAGCUUUUCGAGGGGUACGAAGUGUGGCUUCUGUACCCAUACUACCCCAACCUUGUCAUGUACGAAGCUGAGCAAAAAGGAGAUGCCUCCAACAGCUCAUCAACCUUUGUGCGACACGAGGACCCUAUACUACAGUCAUGGGGCGCUACCCAGCACCACCUCACCAGCGAGCAUCCCCUUGUGGUUCGCUACCCUCACCUCUGUCAACAAGGGGUGUUUCUAGAUGAUGACAGAUCUCUCGCUUCUUGUGUGCAAGACGUGAAGCGCAGAAAACUCCGUGGAAUCCUGCUAGCCGUGCCUGAAGAGGGGUGCUCCCCUCACCCGUGUUUGUGCAAGCUCAGUCAUCGCGUUGUGUAUGUCACAAGUCCAUCAUUUCUCCCACACCAGACUCAGCGUGGACUGAACCCAGCGCUUUCCACAGCAAUUGCGCUCGAGAGAUUGCGAUGCGCUGCUGACAGCUCAUGCCUCACGUGA